GGCACACGCAGUGGUGCACGCAGUAGUCGCUCACGCUACCCAGCCUCCCUUUGCUGCUCCUCCUGGAGGCCCCGAACCCCCUGCUCCCCAUUAUCACCGCACUCAGCCCUAGUCUCUCCACCUCCAAGCACAGCCUCUCCUUCAUGUCGUGGUCCUUCACGAUGUGGAUCUUGAACGGAAUACUCGCCUCGACCAGGGGCUGGGCAAGGUCGUUGGCCUUGCUGGCGGUGAAGUUGUCGAAAUCGCACUCCAGUUUCCGCUGUGACAGCUCGUCGCCGCCGGCGCCCUCGACGGUGAGGUCGAUGGCGCCCCAGUCGGCGCCGUAGAGGACGGAGGUAGGCCGGACGUGGAGGAGGAUCACGGCGUCUCCGGGGCGGAGGUAGUUCUGGACAGCCCACUUGACGGCGAAGGCGCUCUCGUCGCUGAGAUCGACGGCGAUGGCGAUCUUGCGGUGGGCGCCGGAGGUGGGCGUGCCGGGGGGGAAUCUGGGGGAGGCAGGCUGGUGGAGGACGGCGUUAGAUGGCGGGGAGAGGUCGCCCUUGCCGUGGGGUUUGCUCGGCGAUGCCAUGCAGGGUCGGAAGGGAUUGGAUUGGAUCUCUUGAGGUUAUUGAUGGUGAGUGGUGCAAUCGAUUGGAAAUUGGUAUUAGGGAUUUGAUGAUCUUAGGAUAUAUUCUCGAUUAUGAAAUUUGGCUGACCUCUUUCGAUUAGAACUAUGGUUUGUACUUUGUAGGAAUGUGAACUCGUUGCCGUUGGCGAGCAAGAAAUGUUCGGAGAGAUGGCCAAUUGCCGGUUCCGGUCUGGUUCGGUUAUGAACCGUCGGUUGAGCGGUUCGAUUUGUAAAAAAACAUGAAGGGGCAAAAAGGGAAAAGAAAGGUUAGCGCCAGUUUGGCUCAUUCGCGAACACUUGCCAUUAAGUUUGGGCCUUUUUCAGAUCAGAUCUAGCUACACCUGCCGCCUGCCGCAACCCUAAUUCACUUGAAUUCUCUCAAAAAUUGGGAUUUUCCCCCCAAUCUAGAAGAACAAAAAAUGCCUCAGAGGCACUCGAAGAACAAUAACGAUUUAGCCUUCUUUACGUACGACGAGAAGCGGAAGCUAGGCUAUGGCACGCAGAAGGAGAGACUCGGGAAAGACUCGAUCAAGCCGUUUGAUGUCUGCAGUCUCUGUUUGAAACCUUUCAUCGAGCCCAUGUCUUGUCUUAAGGGCCAUGUUUUCUGCAAAGAGUGCAUUCUCGAGUGCCUGUUGGCGCAGAAGAAAGAUAUUCAAAGAAAGCAAGCAGCCCACACUGCCCAACUGAAGCAAGAGAAAGAAGAAGAGGAAGAGAGGCUGAUGCUGCAGAAAGCCCGAGAGCUCGAAGCUUUUGACCAGCAGAACCAUGGGGCAAUACCUAAGUACAACGACAAGGGCCACAACAGCACGGACAAAAAUGAGUUCCACGGAGCCAACAGCGUGAAAACCACUUCAUACGAAGAGGAAGCUCUUCGCACCAUGAAAGCCUUUUGGCUGCCCUCGGCCACUCCUGAGGCCCCCAAGAAAGUGGCCCCACCUCCUUCCGAAACUGUCUGCCCAGAAGGCAAAGAAAAACUCCGAAUGAAAAAUCUUUUCCCCAUUCAUUUCACGGAGGAUACUAGUGAUAAGCAAAAAAAUCGCCCGAGUUCACUCAACAAAACGUACAUCUGCCCCAGCUGCAAGGUCACUUUGACCAAUACGCUUUCGCUAGUGGCCUUGAGUUCAUGUGGGCACGUGUUCUGCAAGAAGUGUGCGGAUAAGUUCAUGGCUGUGGAUAAGGUGUGUUUGGUAUGUGACAGGCCUUGCAAGGAAAGGAAUCUCGUAGAUUUGGCAAAGGGAGGGACGGGUUUUGCGGGCCAUGGAGAUCAUUUGGAGGCAAAAGAUUUCAAGCACUUAGGGAGUGGGUCGGGCCUUGGGCUUGUUAGGCCUGCCAUGAAAACCUGAUCUUGAGACGGGUUUUUUUUCUGGUUUGUUCGAGAUGUAGUGUAAACCCUCUUUCUUUCUUUUUUUUUUUUUUNUACUUAUAUUUCUGAACAUGCCUGCAAUGUAUGAAUAUUUAUUGUUCUGGUUAUCUUGCUUGUAAUGUUUACAAUUUGGUGAAAAUCAUG